UGUGAUUGGUGUGGCACAUGGAAAGGUGAAAAGCUUUGCAGGCACUGUGAAAAAGCAAUGUACUGUUCCAAGAAGCACCAGGAAUUGCAUUGGCAUGCUAGUCACAAGAAUGACUGCUGUCAAGUACCAGGUUCAUUGGAUGACUCUAAUCUGGCAGGUGCACGAAAAGUAUUUGCUGGCAUUUCAUGGCCUGAAUAUACGAUGUUUAGCCGGAAGGAGACCUCUUAUUUUCCUUGUGGUGGAGGAAAUAGCUUAGAGCAGUUGGUGGAAGAAGAAGACGAACCAGAUGACAUAACACAGUUAUUGAUGGAUCAGUUUGAGGCUGAUGAUGACAGUACAUGCUGGGCAUCGUUCACAGACCGUAUCAAAGGAACUCAAGUAUUGAGGUAUUGUGGGGAAGAAAAUGCAGAACCUCUUUGGGCACAGUCAACGCAGUCUCUGACAAGUGCUGACAUUCCAUCAUGCAUCUAUUGUAACGGUCCACUUGGCUACGAAUUUCAGGUAAUGCCGCAACUACUCGACUACUUCAAUGUGGAAAGCGACCGAGACCCUCUUGAUUGGGCAACAAUUAUUGUGUACACAUGCCGAGAUUCAUGUGAUAAAAGUGUCAGCUACAAGGAGGAGUUUGUAUGGGUUCAGUUAUCUCCCGAUACAAUAAGCACAUACCGAGCCACUUCAACUCCAGCUGGUUUGUAGCACUUACAAAUACACCUUGUCAGUCGGGUUUGGAAGCUCUGGUAGAACUUGUUUGGAAGUUUACUGUUUUGAAUUCAGGCUGUCCGAAUUAUCGAA